UAAAAUCCAGCUCAGCAUUAAAAUAACACGUUUGGGCCAGCAUGAGUUAAUAAGUAAACUGCAGCAGAGAGGAUGAAGAUUUCCAAAGGAACAUUGGCCCUUGAUAAGCAAGGUGAUCUGCCCAGACACACAUAUGGAUUAUCUGACCUGCAACCUUCUUUAAAAUCUCAAAUUAUAAAAAAAACGAAAACAUAUUUAUUUAUUUGGGAUUAGUAAAAACUCAGAUCAGUGAUAUACAAAGAGUGCAGUGGCUUUUUGUCAACCUGGUCCAUAACAUUUGGUAUUGAUUUGACCCGAAUUUUGCUCUAAAUGAAACUGGUUUGUGUAACAUUUCAAAUGGCGAUAUAAGUGGAGCUGUAAUCCAGACAAAAUAUUCCUGAUUGGGAGAUUCGUGAAGAGAUUUGAAAUCCAAACAUUUAUUUGCCUCUUUUGAAAUGGAAAUGAACGUUUCUGAUGCUGGAAAUCAGCUCCUCCAUGUGGACAUCCAUAUUGACGAACAUGAGCCACGCCGGGGAAUUUUGGAACUUCUGAGCAAACUCCGUCCUCAUUGGAAGGCGGCUGACAUUCAGAUGAAGGCAUUCACAGAAGGCAUCACCAACCAGCUCAUCGGCUGCUUCGUCGGCUCUCUUCAGGAGUCCGGCUGUGUCCUGGUACGAAUCAAUGGCAGGAUGACGGACCUUUACGUCAGCCGGGACAGGGAGGUGAAGAUGUUGCAGGUGUUCCACGCGCAUGGCUGUGGUCCAGAGAUCUACUGCACUUUCCAGAACGGCAUCUGCUACAAGUUCAUCCCAGGAUCAGUGUUGGAAGAUCACCUGCUCCAGCAGCCGUCCAUUUACAGAUUGAUUGCAGCAGAGAUGGGGAGAAUCCACUCCAUUCAGCCAAAACACAACUUGCCUGUUGAACCUCUGAUCUGGACCAAAAUGUCCCACUUUCUUACACUGAUGCAGAGCAGCACCAAGAGCUGCCCAACUCCAAAAAGUUCUGCAGCUGCACUAGACAUGCCCGGCCAUGAGGUUCUGUCUGCAGAGAUGGAGUCCCUGAAGAGGAACCUCUCACAGACCGGCUCCCCGGUUGUCCUCUGCCACAACGAUCUUCUCACCAAAAACAUCAUCUACAACUCCAAAGAAAACAUGGUGAAAUUCAUUGACUAUGAGUAUGCAGACUACAACUACCAGGCCUUCGAUAUUGGCAAUCACUUUAAUGAAUUUGCCGGUGUGACAGAUGUGGACUACAGCCUGUAUCCCAGCAUGGAGCUGCAGCGAGACUGGCUCACCGCUUACCUGGAGAGUUACAAGCACAACACGGGACGGGACGGCACAGUUACAGAGGCAGAUGUCACGCAGCUCUACAUUCAAGUCUGCAAAUUCUCAUUAGCAUCCAACUUCUUCUGGGGUCUCUGGGCCAUCCUGCAAUCACGCUUUUCCUCAAUAGACUUUGACUUCCAAAGAUACGCCCUGAUGCGACUGAACUACUAUUUUGAGAAAAAGGAAGAUUUUCUCGGGUUAACUAUGAGGCAGCUAACCCUCUCCCCUCAACAUGAAAGGCAAUGAAGUUGGCUUCAGUGUGACGAUUUCUUCCUUGUUUCGAAACGCGAGCUGUUGGAUAAUUCAAAGUGCAUGCAUGGAGCAAGUCUAUAAAAGUAUUCCUUAUUGUUUGUUAUUUCAGGAUAUAGGGAGAGUUAAUAUGUUUUGCUGUCACUGUGAUUUUUAGAAUUUUUGUUUUAACCGCAGUCAGUGUGCUGAUAAGCCUGUUUGGCAAAUUGAGACUCUCUCUCCUGCCAGGAAAGCAUUAAUUGUUCCCAUAUUCAGCCAAGUUGCAUGAAGCCACAAAAGCAGAGCGUAAUCAUAAAACCCAGAACAGGGUUAUUUGCGGCCUUAUUGAAUAUGCACCGCAGUUUUGAUUGAAAACAAGUUUUUCAAUUCAACAUAUUUUCUGUAAAAAAUAUAGAUAAUAUUUCAAUAUUUGUUUUGCCUUUCCUGAAAAACAGCAUUAAAGCUGUUUUGCAGGUAUAAGAUGUGGGCCUUUGGGCAGGUUUCCAGGCACAAUUAUAACUUUAUUUUUAGAAAUGCUCUAUAAGAGCAUAAUUAAGAAUUUUUGAGUUACAGUGUGCAUAGAUUUUAAUUAAUUAUUUUAAUUAUUAUCCAAAUUUCUAUACAGAAAUAUGUUACAAUCACUUCCUAAUAAUUAAUAGCUCCUGUAAUCCAUUAUCUUUCUCUCAAGUAUUGUUGCUUUUCUGUUAUUGUUAUAAUUUCUUGAAUUGUUUUCAUUUGUUGUUCAGCAGUUUUUAUGUAAGACCUUUUAGAAAUGAUUGCUCAUUAUUAAAUUUGAAGAGCCGGUGUCCCCAAACAGUCAUUUGUAAUUUGCACAACCUUAUAUCUGAUUUUGAUGCUGCCAGACUUUAGGGUGUCUGAAAUGACAGUUCUCAUUUAUAAAUGCUUUUUGCUCAUUAUAAAUUAAAAAUCAAUUCCUUAAAUAUAAAGUGAAUAAAUAAACAUUUUUAAUGCACAUAUUUUUAUUUGACGUGUUUUGCUUUACUAAAAUGUUUUGGCUUCCGAUACAGGCUUUUUCCAGAAAAAGCUGCAUUGAAAAUGACAUCACUCUAACUUUCCAUUUUACUUUGAUUUUCUAUAAAAAGAAUAAUUUCUUAGAGAAUAAACACAGUUGACUUGUAAGGAAGUGUAUUGAAUUAAAUAAAAAAAGUGUGAUCGUGAUUGAAA